AUCUAUUAAAGAUCUUAAAGAUCUUACACCUGCUAACUAUACAAUACCUCGUGCAUUAAAAAAUGGAUCAUCGAAGGAAUCAGUUGCAUCAACACUUACACUUUCACGAGUUAUUAAAACUCCUGCACCUAAAGAAAAACUUAUUUCAGCGGCAAAAAAAGUAUCUUUAACAACUUUGCCUAGUAAUUUUCUGCAGAAAAGGUCCUUAGUUAAUCAAAAUACGGCUACAUUUAGUAUUAAUACACCACUCAUUGAAUAUAACAAUAGUAGAGUAAUAUGCACUUUGCCGAGUUUUGCAUCGUUUUUCAAGUUUCCUGAAUCGACUGAAUUGUGUAAAUGGCAAUUCGAAUCUUCUCUUACACCUAAUAAUAAUAAAGAUAUCCUUAAAUCUGGAUCUAAUAUUCUACAUUUGGAUAAGACUUUUCAAAAUAUCAUUUGUCAAAGCAAAGAUACAAGUGCAAAAUCUCAAACCGAAAUGAUUGAAACUAGAUUGACGAUGUUACCCUGCAUCCUUCCAAAUUUAAAACCUUCCAAUGAAUCUUGUGAAAAUAAACAAUUAAAUGAAUGUUCUGAUGAUCUACCAAGAUAUUUACCUUCAGAUGACGUACUUUAUAAUGAAAAUUUGUUAAAAAAUAAAGGAAAACGCAUCAACCCCACUUUUGAAGAUAAUCCAUUUAAUGGUAAUGAUUCAAUCAAAAAACCAAAGCAUAUAAAUCAUUUAUCUGAUAAUUCGAUGGUCGAUAGUAUGUCCAGCAGUCAAGACCAUGUAGCCGACAAAACUGAAAGAGAUCAGACUUCCCUUAUUAAUAAUUCAAACAACAAUGUACAGGCUUCUAAUUAUCAGCCUGUUACAAAGUCAGCUCUAAAUUUUAAUCUUAAUAAUAAAACAUCUGAACGUGACGAAUCUGAUAAAUUGUUCAAGGAUACCACUUAUUAUUCUAUUAGCACUAUAUUCAACUCUGACGCUAUAGAUAUCAUGCAAGAUACUCGACUGAUUUGGCGUUCCUUUCAAGAAAAAUGGUCUCUAUUUUGGGAUAUGCGACCAUGUGUACUCUUACAAGAAUUCACACGAUUUCAUGAACUUCCUGAUCCUCUUUAUUCUUUAAGAAUUGGAUCUGAUGGUGCGUUUUGGUUCGAUUGUUCGAUUGGUGCUCGUUAUUUCAAUCCAUUACAAUCUUGCUUUAAUUGUUGGACUGAAAAUGAUGCGAUUGAUUAUGUAUCAAUUCAGGCUUUUGAAAUUUUAUAUAUCGAACUUAGUGAAUUUAGAGGAUGUGAUAUUGAAUAUCCUGUACAUAAGCAAGCAAGAUGUUGUCAUGAAGCUGUGUUGUAUCAAGGAUUUGACAAGCUUAAUACAACUUCACCUAAUUUUCGUGAUCAAUAUAAAUGGCACCAUCAUCAGCGCAAAACUGCUUCAUUCUGGAAACGUCGACCUUGUAUUCUUUUAUAUGAAUUUUGUCAAGCUCAUCAUAUCCCUAAUCCAGCUUAUUCGUUACAUGUAAAUAGAAAUACUGGUGCUUUUUGGUUUGAUUGUUAUAUUGAUGAGCGACUUUUCACUCCUCAAAAUCAACCAUGUAUGUGCUGCUGGAUACAAAAUGAUGCGAUUGAUCACGUAUCAAUUCAAGUAUUUGAAACUCUAUUUUCUGAAUAUUGUGAUCAAGAUAUAAAAGUGUUAAGUUAUCCAACACACAAACGAAUAAAAUGUUCCCAUAUACGUGGAUAUGAUAAUGGUGCUCGGAAACCUGUUGAGCUUGGUGAUGGUCACAAUGAGAAUCGUGUUUAG